GGGAUGGAAUCCGGUGCCAUACCUGAUGACCGCAUCACUGCAUCCUCCUUCUAUGAGAUAGCAUUCGCUCCCUACCGAGGGCGGUUAAACGAGGCUUCUGGCUCCUGGGCGGCACAAGCCAGCACCAUUGGGGAGUGGUUGCAGGUUGAUAUAGAAAGAAUGAAACGCGUAACGGGAACCGUCAUUCAGGGCCGCCACAAUAGUGACCAAUGGGUGGCGUCCUAUAAAGUACAGUACAGUGCAGAUGGGAUUAAUUGGUCGACAUAUGCAGGCAGUGAAGGCUCUGAAAAGGUCUUUCCAGGAAACACUGACAGAAGCACGCCGGUUACCAACCUUCUGGACAACCCUGUUGAAGCCCGCUAUGUGCGCUUCUAUCCUCAGUCCUGGUAUAAUUGGAUCACCAUGAGGGCAGAGAUUCUGGUUUGCCGAGAAAGUAAUGGUCCAUGCUAUGAAAUGAAGUUACUAGACCCGAGGAACGAAGAUGGUGUGUACACAAUCUACCCGUUCUCGGCUUGCCAGAAUGUACCUAUCAGCGUCUACUGCCACAACAUGGCAUCGGGAAACCCGGAAGAG